CAAGUGCGCGAGAAUAUUAUGGACUGCAACCUGCUGAUUCCCCUCAGACUCUCGCCUGUCUCACGAGUAGGUGACCGCUGAGUGAAGGUUUCUACUGAGCGCCUGACAUGGCUACUUUUGGCACAGUCUCCAGCCGUUUGAAGACGAGCGCACCGGGGUUGCAGUUUUGACGCACUCGGCUGUUGGAUGCACUUUGUCCCGACGCAGCGACGCGCACUCCGGGGACCCGAAAUGAGAACAGGAGCCACACAGUUCUACGUGUUUUACUUUGGAAAGUAUUUCAAAUGGCUUGAAACAAGGGUCCAGGACUUGUUUUGAUCGCGGGCUACUCUGAUCUCCUCCACCGACCGAGUUUACGCAUCAACCCUUCUUUGAGUGGAUUUGUCUGUUAAAGGUGACAGGAACAUACGUCGUCGACUCACACAAUGACCAGCUGCUGUUUCGUCCUGGUCGGAUUGUUGUUGAGCGCAUGUUUUUGUGUCUCCCCAACAACGGGGAGUCACUAUCUACUGGAUGGGAAACACAGCGACGCGCACCCGGGAUUCAUCCACCGGCGGCUGCGUACGCACGAAAAGCGCGAGAUGCAGAAGGAGAUCCUGUCCAUCCUCGGACUGCCGCACAGACCCAGACCGCAUCUCUCGCACGGGAAAUACAACUCAGCGCCACUUUUCAUGUUGGACCUCUACAACACCGUAUUCAGCCAGGAGAGAGUGGACGGCGUGUUGGAGCGGUACCAGUCGCUGCGGACCACGCGGAGUCCACAUCUGGCCACCUAUCAAGAGACCGCGUUUCUCAAUGACGCGGACAUGGUGAUGAGCUUCGUUAACCUAGUGGAGUACGACAGGGAGCUGUCCCCGCAGCGCCGUCAUCACAAAGAGUUCAAGUUCAACCUCACACAAAUCCCAGAGGGCGAAGCCGUCACCGCAGCCGAGUUUCGCCUGUACAAGGAGUGUGUGAGUCGCGGCUUCCGCAACGACACCUUCCUACUGAGAGUUUACCAGGUGAUCAAGGAGCACCCGGGCAGGGAGUCGGACUUGUUCCUGCUGGAGUCUCGCAGGAUCUGGGCCACCGAGGAGGGCUGGUUAGAGUUUGAAAUCACUGCUACUAGCAACCUCUGGGUCAUGAGCCCGGGACAUAACUUGGGCCUUCAGGUCAGCGUCGAAACCAGCAGCGGGAAAAGCAUCAGUUACAAAGACGCUGGGCUCGUGGGUCGAGACGGUGCGUUGGAGAAGCAGCCUUUCAUGGUAGCAUUCUUUAAGGUCAGUGAAGUCCACAUCCGGACUUCUCGCUCCACUGGCGGCAAACGUCGACAGCAGAACCGCAACAGAUCCACUCAGGAGGGAUCCAGACCGGCUCUCGCAGAGUACAACAGCAGCGACCAGAAGACGGCCUGUCGACGACAUGAGCUCUACGUCAGCUUCAGAGAGCUUGGCUGGCAGGACUGGAUCAUUGCGCCUGAAGGCUACGCAGCCAACUACUGUGACGGAGAGUGCUCUUUCCCGCUCAAUGCCCACAUGAACGCGACCAACCACGCCAUCGUUCAGACACUGGUGCACCUGAUGAACCCCGAGAAUGUACCGAAGCCAUGCUGCGCCCCAACCAAGCUCCACGCCAUAUCAGUGCUCUACUUUGACGACAACUCUAACGUUAUACUGAAGAAAUACAAGAACAUGGUGGUGCGAGCUUGUGGCUGCCACUGACCCAAUUCCCAGGCUCUUAGAAGCCGUUCUGUGGAUCCUCAGACUGCAGGAAACAUCCACCUGAACCGUCAGCUUAGUCGUGGAGGACAACUUUUGUGGACACUGGGGAGGGUUUAAAUGUGUGAGCAGGCAAGGAAGGACCAGGACUACUUUUCGCAAGUGCUGCUUCAUUCGCCACACAACUUCUGGUCGAACAAGAUGACUUCUGAUGACAUUAAGAGCCAACGUCAAACCAAUUUGGUCCAGAUGCUGCAAAUAUAAAAAAAAAAAGAAUGCUGAUGUGAUAUGUCCUGAAGCCAUAUUUGCUUUCCCCAGAAUAUAAUAUGGACACAACCAAAAUAACCGCAUGUAAUUUUAGAAGUGCACCGCUCCAAAAUAUCCCCUCAGCGUCAAUAUUUGCCAGCCUCACGCCGAGCUGCCAUCCACCAUUUCGGGUUCAUCGUGAUGCAUGUUGUGGCCGAACUGAUGUUUUUCUCCAAAGAAGAGAAGAACUCGGCCUUAUCCGCGCGACAAACCACAAAUGGCUCUUUCCAUGUUCACCUCCACCUCUGACAGCCCAUCAAGAGAUUGCAGGAAAACAUUCUGUGUGAAAAACAGCCGACCAGGCAGUUUUUCAACGCCAACUUUCUUAAAUUUAGCUGCAUUUUCCGAGAGCGCGAAAUCGCCUCGUUCUGAGUCCAGAUUGAACAUGUUACUGUGAGCUGGUUCGCGGUCUUUGACUGACUUUUUGUUCCCAAACUUUUAUACUGCUAAGAUGCCAUUUUUUUUAAUAGAUACCAUGUGUGCCUAAUCGAUCAUAAAUUACAAAAUAUACCUCUGGUAAGCUGCUGUUUACAUUUUUGAUCAUGUUAGGUUUGUUCUUUUUGUAAAUACUUGUACAUUUCCAGCUUAUUUAUUGCACCUUUUAUUAAAAGAUAAAACACAUACCUUAUAAAGAGACAGAAGCAGGAACAUAAUGUAUUUUGGAAAAAAAGUUUUAUUAUGAAAUCUCAUGUUACAACGCGCCAUUAUUCACUUAUGUUUUUGUUUUGUUUUUUUUACAAAUCUCAUGGGUGGUGCACAACCCAUGACUCACAAGGAGAAUAAAAAAAGAAAACCUUCUGUCACUGGAGUUUCUUAGCCACGUGCUUUCCAUAAAGUUUUUAAUGACAAAAGAAAGUUUGGUCUGAAUGUUUCAUUCUCGUACAUGUACUGUAUAUUCUGGUGUGUGUGUAUAUAUAUAUAUAUAUCACAAAGGUCAAAGAAUCUGGCGACACCAUGGCCAUAACAUGACAGUGCCCUCAGAGUGACUUGUCGUGAGUUUCAGUGGUAAAACAAACUCUAAUGUAUAAGAGAGACCGUUCAUUGGCACAAACACAACUCAGCUGAGCUGACAGACAGACUCUUGACGUUCACAUCUCCUCAGACAAC